AAUGGCACCAGGAGGGACAGGAGGGCGGAGGAAGACGACGAGGAAGGAGGAGGAGGAGAAGAGAGAAGAGAAGAGGUGGUGGUGGUGGUGGUGAAGAGCUGAGAAGAUCAUGAUGUUUGUGUUAGCCUUGGGUCUUGUCCUGACUGUGGCUCUUCUCCUUGCCUUUCUCUUCAGCGCCUUCAUCUUCUUCAUCAUCCUUACAAGCAAGCAGUACAAAAACAGCACGAGUCUCCUCCACCUUCAGCUGAUGGGGGCCGGGGUGCUGCUGUCCCUCCUCUUCGUCAUCUUUACAACGCCCUCCAUCAUUCAGGGUCGAUGGUUGCUGAAGGGGUCGCUGUGGCCAGGCGGAGACUCACCAAGGGGCCACGCGGUCCUGGACGGCAACGACUCCACGUCUUCCGCGGCGCUGUCUUCGCCCACCCUGGAGGAGGCGAGCGCCUGCGAGUCCCCGCCAGACGCCGCCCAGCAGAGCGACGUGGUGUGCCGCCUGUAUGGCUUCCUGCUAGUGACGCUGCACACGGUGGCGGUGUGGGUGGUGGUGGGACUACACUGCGACAAGUACUGCGCCAUCGCCACGCCGCUGCGCUACAACCAACUGGUCACGCGGCCCAGGGUGGCCAUCUGCUCCGCCCUGGCAUGGAUGCUGGGCGUCGGGCUGGCCGUGCCGCCCCUCGCCACGUCCUACGGCUACACUUACACCCAGGGCGUGUGUCUGCCCGCUUGGUUCCUGCCCGAGGCCGCCGCCUACACGUGGACACUGACGGCGUGCUGCAUCGUGCUGCCCUUCGUUAUCAUCCUCAUUGUGAACACGCGCAUCGUGCUCAUCGCGCGCCACCAUCAGCACCGCAUCUUCUCCGCCAUCUUCGAGGUGAUGAUGUCGGCGCAGGCCACCGUCACUCACCAAAAGAACCCUUUCGACAUUCCAAAGAAGAAGCGCAAGUCGGUGUGGACAGUAUUAGAGCAGAUCGCAGCCUUUGUGGCCUGCUAUUGCCCCUUCUUCUGCACCGUGGCGUGGGAGUCGCUGCACGGCCGCUGCGCCAACCAGUACUGGGUGCUGCUGGGUACGGCGCCCCUACUGGCCACGCCGCUCGUCAACUCCUUCAUCUACGGCUUCAAGUGUAAGAAUAUCCGUAAGGCGUUCAGAAACUACCUCAGGAAGAAGCUCUAUAAGACAGAAAUGAAGCACGAGAUCCAGGCACGCAUACCAUCCGCCAGCAACUCGCGGCGACCCUCCAUCUCCUCCACGCUGGCCAUGCCCAUCCUGCACCGCUCCCUGCAGCGCCGCAUGUCAGACUACCUACUACAGGACGCCGCCGCAGCACCGCAGCCCAAGCUGGUGCGCCGCUCCUCAGACCUGUCCUGGCACCCACUGGAGGACGGCACGCCCUCUCCCACCCGCUUGCGCCGCCCCAUGGAUACCACCAAACUGCAAUUCGCUGCCGCCGCCUCCUCGGAAGGUUCGCGCUCCCCCGCCAGUAUGUCCAACUUCCUGACAGUGCCCACCUUCGAGGCGGCGCGAUCCUACUGCCUGGGACAGCAGCGCGUGCGUCUGUCCCUGUCCUCGCUGGACUCCGAGACCAGCAUCACCCUGCAGGACGAGGACUUCCCCGGCCAGGCCUCACUACUGCACCCAGACCCGGAGCUCGGCAUGCCCAAGUCCCGCUCGCUGGAGCUGCCGCUGGCUAACCAGAGAACGCAGCCCACCAGCGAUAAGGUGGCGCCAGAUUGCCAGACGCCGCUGCUAUUCAAGGCCUUCGAGAAGCCCGCCCGCAGCGCCAGCCUCAACUCCUCCUCGCCGCACGUCCUGCGCACCCUGGAGGCGAUCCUGUCUGUGCGCAUCUCCCAGUCACUGCUGCGGCGCGGCUCAGGCUGGGGCGGCUCUCAGGGCAGCCUGGAACGCCUCUCAGCAUUCCUGCGGGAUAGUCGCCGCCCCGCCAGCAACUGCUCCCCCGCCUCUCUCCGCCGCCAGCAAGCUGUGGAGGACACGGACCUCAGCGUGCUCACCACCUUCAUCACGCCGCUGGCCAACGGCAACGCUUGCGUGGCGCCCUGCGACCAGGAGCCCCGGGAGACUCCCCUGCUGGUGCCCUGAGGAGGACCCUGCCGCCCCGUUAGUGUAGCGUGUGUAGCCUCACCCACCCUCACACUACUGACUGUGAAAUAUAUGGAUUAUGGAGGUACUGA